AUGGCAUCACUCCUCCGACAAAUCGUCGCAGGUCCCCGUUCUCGACACCCAGAAGCAGGACUUGACCUUUGCUACGUAACACACAACAUCAUUGCGACAUCGGGUCCCAGUGGCACAUACCCACAACGCGCAUAUCGCAAUCCUCUCGAUCAACUCGUUACAUUUCUCGAUUAUAAACAUGGGAGUGAAGGAUGGAUGAUAUGGGAAUUCCGGGCAGAGGGGACUGGAUAUCCGGAUGAGGAGGUGAGGGGAAGAGUUAAACAUUGGCCGUGGCCGGAUCAUCAUCCUCCGCCGUUUAAAUUGGUGCCGGGGAUUGUGGGGGGGAUGAGCAAUUGGUUAGAGGGAAUGGGGGAUGGGGAGGGAGGGGGUAGGAAGGAGGGGGGGAAAGAGGAAGGGAAGGUGGUGGUUGUGCAUUGUAAGGCUGGGAAGGGGAGGAGUGGGACGAUGGCUUGUAGUUACCUGAUUGCGGAAUGUGGAUGGAAGGCUUCGGAUGCACUUGCGCGGUUUACGGAGAGGAGAAUGAGACCUGGUUUUGGUCAGGGUGUUUCAAUUCCGAGUCAGUUGAGAUGGGUUGGUUAUGUGGAUCGUUGGACACAAUCUGGGAAACAUUACAUUGAUCGACAGAUUGAGAUUAUGGAAGUACAUGUUUGGGGGUUGAGAGAUGGUGUUAAAGUACAAGUUGAGGGGUAUGUUGAUGAAGGAAAAACCAUCAAAUUAUUCCAUGUUUUCACAAAGAAAGAAAGAGUGGUGGUAGAAGGAAAUACACCGGGUAGUGGAGGAAUCAAGAACAUGUUAUCUGACAUGGCAGGAUUUGGGAUUCAAGACAAGAUUGGGACAUCGAAGAGCGCAGAUCUCAUUGAAGAACCAAAACACACAAAACCAAUACUACGAGCGAUGGAACCCAAUACAGGUGAAUCCUCCGGAUCCGAUUCGGAAACUGGUGGUGGAGCUGUCAUCUUCAAACCUUCUACUCGAGUUAUACUACCGACCAGCGAUAUCAACAUCGAUUUUGAACGACGCAACAAAGCAUCCAUGGGAUGGACUAUGGUGACCGCCGUCGCCCACGUAUGGUUCAAUGCGUAUUUCGAAGGAAACGGACCAGAAAAUGGCGGGCUACCCGCCGAAAACGGGCUUUUUGAAAUCGAAUGGGAUAAAAUGGAUGGGAUCAAAGGAUCCAGCCGAAAAGGAACUCGGGCUUUCGAUAAACUAGCCGUCGUGUGGAAAAUCUACGACCCUGAACCCGGCCACAGCAAACCCGAAAGUAUCAUCGACGAACCCGAUAUUGAUUCGCCAGUGCCUGAUGUCCAAGCUGCGGAUUGGAAGGGGGAAAAUGAGGUUUCGACGAGUCAUGAUCAUGGGGAGAGGGAUUUGGGGCUGAGGACCGAGAGUCCGGCUAGUGCGGAGGUUAGUAAGGCGAGUAGUGUUAUUGAGGUUGAUAAGGAAGAGCAAGAAGAAGCGAGGAAAAUUUCUGAUUCGGAAGAGGGUUUGAGGGUUUCGAGUCCAACUGGUGAGGAGGAAUUAGAGUUGGGGUUGGGGUUGGAUGUGGAUUUGGAGAGGUUACCGAAACCGGAGGGCAAUGCUUCGGUGCCGGAUAUAGAGGCGGUUAAUUCGGGACUGGAUACGGCGAGUAAGACGACGGUUAAUUAUGGGGCGGCGGGAAAGUGA